UGUUUGGUCACACAGCUGAGAGCUGCAGACUUAGAUCGAAUGCUGUCUUCUUCUAGAAAUACUUUCACAUUUCUCACAUUGACCAACAAGAGACAGACAACGUUAACGCCGAGAUUCUAGUUUUAUGGAAAUGUGUGCUGCUGUCUACGUCCUGUCCACUGUAACUGGCUAUGUGCUCACCUCUGCGCUACUUUUGAAAUGCCCCAACCUCUUACACCGGAGGAAACGAGAGCUUUUCCUCAGCCGGCACAUCUCCCAUCGAGGAGGAGCAGGGGAAAAUCUUGAAAACACCAUGGCAGCUUUUAAGCAUGCUGUGGAUGUUGGCACAGAUAUGCUGGAGUUGGACUGUCACCUGACUAAAGAUGAACAGGUCGUGGUGUCACAUGAUGCAAACCUUCGGAGGGCUACUGGCAUCAAUGCCUACAUCUCUGACAUGGCAUACAAUGAGCUGCCCCCAUACUUCUGCAAAUUGGACGUCACAUUUCAAAGAGAGUGUUAUUGUGCCGGAGGAGAUGACAAAAGGAUCCCUCUUCUUCAAGAUAUUUUUGAUGCCUUUCCUGAUACUCCAGUUAACAUUGACAUCAAGGCUAACAAUGACCUUCUCAUUAAGAAGGUUUCUGAUCUUGUAAUCAAGUAUGACAGAGAGAAUCUAACUGUUUGGGGAAAUGCCAGUAACCAAGUUGUUAAAAAGUGUUACAAAGAGAACCCACGUAUCCCAGUGUUGUUUAGUCUGCCAAGAGUGCUGCAGCUGUUAGGGCUUUUUUACACAGGCCUUCUACCUUUUGUUCCACUCAAAGAACAGUUCCUAGAGAUCCCCAUGCCUUCCAUUCUCACCAAGAUGAAGGAUCCCAGUGGCUUAACCCGAAGUCAGAGAUUCAUCAUCUGGUUAGCCGAUACCUUGCUGAUGAGAAAAGCCCUGUUUAAUCAUUUGACUGCAAGAGGAAUACAGGUGUACAUCUGGGUGCUGAAUGAUGAGGAGGACUUUCAGAGGGCAUUUGACUUAGGAGCCACCGGGGUUAUGACAGAUUUUCCCACACGACUUAGAGACUUCAUGGACAAGAAUGGCAUUUCAAAACCUGAAUGACCUGCUGCCAAGAGCUACCUCAAAGCUCCACUAAUUAUCCUUCAGACUGGCGGGCCUACCACGCCAGACCCUUAAACUACCACACCUACAGUAUUUGUCCUGCAUGCAUUCCAGCAAUUUACUGCUCGCCUUAGUGUCAAUGUGACCAACCUGACCGGGGUUAUUACUUUAAUAA